AUGGCGCUCUCCAGCGAAUGGCCCGUAAAGGACAUUGUCUAUACGUCCAUUGUCGGCGUCGUCAUGUUGAUGGCCUGUCUUGAGUGGUUCCUCUGGCUCGCUGCUUUCAUGUACUGUCUAUACAAGGUCUUCCGAAAGGCCGAACAUUGGUCUAUACGUGUGCUCUGCUUCCUUGUCGGCCUUGCUUUCGCCCUGCUACGCUUCAUCUUCCUACCGAUCAUGGUAGUUACACUGCCGCUGCCGAGCCAGAUCACCAAGAUCUGGCCACCCGCCGUCGUCUCCUUCCUGCAGUGGUUCGCCUUCUGGAGCUUCGCGAUCCUCCUGACCGUUCCGUGGCUCUUUUGCGUAUACCAGCUCGUCACAAACCAACUCGGCCGCACAAAGCGCAUCAAGCGCGUUCUCGACGAUGUUACGGCCCCCAAAGUGGUCAUUGUCAUGCCGUGCUACCGCGAAGAGCCCGAUGUCCUGGUAACGGCCAUCAACUCCGUCGUCGACUGCGACUAUCCGCCCGCCUGCAUCCAUGUUUUCCUCUCCUUCGACGGCGAUCAAGUGGACGAGCUCUACCUCAGCACGUUGGAAAGGCUCGGCGUGCCUACGACCAUGGGAACGUAUCCUAGAAGUAUUGACGUGACAUACAAGGCUGCGCGCAUCACCAUUUCUCGCUUCCCCCACGGCGGCAAGCGCCACUGCCAGAAGUCGACCUUUAAGCUCAUAGACAGGGUGUAUGCCCAGUAUUUGAAGAGGAACGACAACCUCUUCAUCCUCUUCAUCGAUUCGGACUGCAUCCUGGACAAGGUGUGUCUGCAGAACUUUGUCUACGACAUGGAACUCAGCCCUGGCAACUCAAGGGACAUGCUCGCCAUGACGGGCAUCAUCACGUCAACGACUCGCAAGCACAGCAUCAUCACGCUACUUCAAGACAUGGAGUACAUACACGGGCAACUGUUCGAGCGCACCGUUGAAUCCGGUUGCGGUUCCGUGACGUGUCUUCCCGGGGCGCUCACCAUGCUCCGGUUCUCGGCCUUUAGGAGAAUGGCCAAGUACUACUUUGCGGACAAGGCUGAGCAGUGUGAUGACCUCUUCGACUUUGCCAAAUGUCACCUGGGCGAGGACCGAUGGCUCACACAUCUCUUCAUGAUUGGCGCCAAGAAGCGCCAUCAGAUCCAGAUGUGCACAUCGGCCUUUUGCAAAACCGAGGCCGUGCAGACCUAUCGCUCCCUGGUUAAGCAACGGCGCCGAUGGUUCCUUGGCUUCAUCACCAACGAAGUGUGCAUGCUCACGGAUUGGCGACUAUGGAAGCGAUACCCCACGCUCAUCAUCGUCCGCUUCAUGCAAAACACGAUCCGGACAACCGCUCUAUUGUUCUUCAUCAUGGUGCUGGCCCUGCUUACGACGGUGGUCAAGGUGGACAACCUGCCCGUGGGCUUCAUUGCCGUCUCGCUGGGUCUCAACUGGCUCCUCAUGCUCUACUUUGGGGCGAAGUUGAGGCGGUUCAAGAUCUGGCUGUACCCGCUCAUGUUCGUGCUCAACCCGUUCUUCAACUGGUACUACAUGGUUUAUGGGAUAUUCACUGCGGGUCAGAGGACCUGGGGAGGGCCGAGGGCGGACGCUGCGGCGGCCGAUACUAACACGACGGCGCGUGAGGCGGCCGAGCAGGCAGAGGCCCAGGGAGACGAGCUCAACGUGGUGCCCGAGUCGUUCAAGCCGGCACAGGAGGCGCGGAGAGCGGCCAGCAAACGGCUGCAGUCGUCGGGCAGCGGGCUGGGCCGCAAGGUCAGCGUGGUCAGGCCGCCGGACCAGAUCGACGGCAAGUUCUCGGCCAGGCAGAAGAUGGCGACGGGUGUGUACGCGUACACGGACGAGUCAGAGGCGAGCACCGGGCUCAUGGGCGCGUCGUCGACGCAACUGUCGUAUUGGACUGGCGACUGGCGCGACUCCCUCGACAGCCUCAACACGACUCGCACAGAAGAGAAGGCUCCGCACGUGGCGGUCGCGGUCGACAGAUUCAUGGGGGAAGAGGACCGUCGCAAAUACGCGAUUGCCCAGCAGGCGCAGCUCCAUCGCCACGACGAAGAUGUCGAGCUGGGAUAUUACUCUGUGCGCGAGCUGGAACCGGAGAGAGUGCCGCUGGCUCAGGAGCGUCGAGACUCUUCGGAGGUGGAAUACGAAGAUGUCACCAAGCAGAAGUAA